AUGGACUACAUCCUCGACCAGCACAACCUCGCCACAGUGCAGUUUCUUAUCCUGCUUGGAGUGCAUGGCCAGAGGUCUCCAUAUGGUGCAGGCGCCUGGUCCCAGAUUCGAUAUGCGACCUCUGUCUGCAUUGAGAUGGGCUUACACAGGAAGAAGAAGGUCACAGGCUCUCCUGAGCUUGCAAGAGAUGCUGAACUGCGGCGACGUGCGUUCUGGGCGUGUUACUGCCUUGACAGAGUGACUAGCAUUGUGCUUGGUAGAGCUUUUGCUAUCGCUGACCGAGAUAUCAACGUCGAGUUUCCCAGUACUAGUCCUGAGUUCUGGACAUUAACGCAUCCGGAAGAGCCAGACUCGAUCAGGCCCCAAUGGUCGAAUAUCGAGCCUUUCAUACACAUCAUCAAGCUUGAUCAGAUCCAGUCGCGGAUCCAUAAGACAGUCUUUCGCGUCGAUAGAGAUGUCUUCAACGGGACGCCAGAACAGCGGGCGAAACUUGACCGAAAGAUGGCUACAAUCCGGAGCGACCUGGAUGAAUGGCUACGAACAUAUCCACAGACACCCAAGAAUGGGAACAAGAUUACUUGGAUGUACGAUCCCGAAAGCGCGUAUCUCGAUGCGCGAGACUUUUAUGGCGUCCAGUAUCACAAAGCGAUGCUCUACCUCUUCACCGUCUUUCUUCCUACGCUGGACACCUCGGACAUACGCUUUCUCACUUGCGCGCGCUCGGCCGCUUGUGUCUGCAACGCAUACAAGCGACUAAGCCAAAAUCGGACGCUCACUUACACGAUGAUCUCACUACAUUCGUGCUUUGUAGCUGGCCUGACACUGGUGUACUGCAUCUGGCGAGAUCGAUCCCUUUUCUCUUACGACGUUCUCGAGGCGACACGGGCCUGUUCUCAGAUCCUGACCAUCUUCGGUGAAAAAUGGCCAGGUGCCGUCAAAUACCGCGAUAUCUUCGAUGCGCUAUCCGGAAGCUUGUUCAAGACGAUCGUAAACUCGGCGCCUACUACCAUGAUGCAUAGCAAUGGUUCGCGACCGCUGCAGCUCGACGUUGACGCAGAGCCAUCCAUGGCAGGACUUUCGCCAAGAAGCCGACGAGAUAGCCGCGAGCAGACGUCACAGCACCAAACGCUGGGCAGUAAGCCUACCAUGUCACACAUGGUUACUGACGCUGUGAAGGAGGCGUUCAUGGAAGUGGACGAAGAGGCGCCAGGUGGGUGGCAGGGUUGGCGGAUGUGGAAUGAGAUGGUAAGCGAUGACGCCGCAUCUGCAGCAAUGAGGUUCGAUGGCUUUGGCCAAGGCCAGACUGAGAUGAGCUGGAAUGCUUAUGAAGGUUCUGGUCUCUACGGCGUGGACCCCAUUCAAGAUGCAGCCAUGUCGAUGGAUAACCGCGGUAUGAUGGAUGGCAAUCAGUGGAAUUUUGGAGAGUAUAGAUAG